AUGGCGAGCGGAGAGCCAGUUCUGGGCAGUCUUUUUGUAUACGCCCCUAACCAAGCCGCGCCAAUCUUCUUCACCAUUGCCUUUGGCCUCUCGGCAGUCGGACACAUAUGGCAGUGCAUUCGAUAUAAGAGCUUCAAGCUUCUCGGGUUACACCCGCUCUGCGCCAUUCUCUUUACAGCCGGCUAUGCUCUGCGGGAAUACGGAUCCAUGAACUACCUGUACAGCGACCAAAAUCUGAUAAUAUACAUACUGAGCCAGGUUUUCAUCUACGUUUGCCCUCCACUUCUCGAGCUCGCCAACUAUCAUGUCCUCGGCCGAGUACUAUACUACAUCCCGUAUCUCGCACCUAUGCCUCCGGGAAGAGUGCUGGCUACGUUUGGUGCCUUGAUGGCGCUUGUCGAGACCCUGAACGCUGUCGGUGUAGCAUUGAGCUCUAACCCAUCAUCGGAUAUCUCGCAGCAAAAAUUGGGGAGCAACUUGAUCAUAUCCGCUCUCGUAAUCCAGCUCGUCGUCAUUCUCAUUUUCGUCGUGCUCGCCGGCAUUUUCCACGGGCGUUGCAGGAGAUCCAACUUGCACGUCAAGGCCGUCUCCACCACUCUAGUCGUGCUGUAUAUCAGCAUGGCCCUCAUUCUGAUCCGUUGCAUCUAUCGCCUGGUGGAGCAUGUGGGCAACACCACGGUGGACAUUUCCGACCUGGAGCUGCUCGAGGCGCUGAGUCCCCUUUUGCGCUACGAGGUGUACUUUUACAUAUUCGAGGCCAGUGUCAUGCUUAUCAAUUCCGUGAUAUGGAAUAUCUGGCACCCGGGCCGUUCCCUCCCCAGGAGCUCCAACGUUCACUUGUCGCCAGAUGGGGAGACGGAAGUCACCGACAGAGAGGACGUGGAUGAUCGGUCGCUCUUAGCCAAGGUGGCGUGUAUUCUAACGUUUGGCAUUUUGCUCCGCAAAAGGACCAAGAAUGCUCCAUUUCACGAGCUUGACGAUUACCAGGCUGCCCGCUAG